AUGGACGAAGAUCGACGGUUGCCGGUGGCCGCCGCGCUCGCGUCGGCGGCGGCGGUGCUUGGCGACGACGACCUCCUGCGCGAGAUCCUCCUCCGCCUCGGCUUCCCCACCUGCCUCGUCCGCGCCGCCCUCGUCUCCAAGCGGUGGCUCCACCACGCCUCCAAGCCAGCCUUCCUCCGCUGCUUCCGCGACCGCAACCCGCACCGUGUCCUCGGUGUUUUCGCUUGCUACCCCGAGACACCAUACAAGUUCCUGCCGCUUCCGCAGCCCCCAGAGCUCGCCGCCCUCUCACGCCGUGUGGCCUCCUCCUGCAACGAUGCCUUCGCCGCCAGCUCAUACAAGCGCGUCGUGCACUGCCGGAACAGCCGCCUCAUCACCGUGUUCUUGCAUGAGGGAACAUACAGGCACUCCCUCCACGAGCCGCUGCUCACUGGGGAGUCCGAAGCGGUCCUCCCACAGACCCCGCUGCCCCGCCAUCUCCCGCAGGCUGCGCGCUCACACUCAAGGGUAUUCUCUCAGACUUUCCUACCCGAGGACGGGGGCCGCGACGGCAACGGCAUCACCUUGGUGAGUCUAUGGAUGGUCUGGCGAGAAGUCCGUGCUGAAGUGUGCGUGCUGGGAUCCGACGGAUGGGGCAUCCCUACCACAGCCGUUACAGAUGUAGAUCUCCCGUAUGCUGAAACAAACUUUAUAGAAAUGCUACCACCCUUGGCCACGUCAACCUUCUUCACCCUUGAGCUACCAGUUGGAGUGCGGAGCAACUAUAUGCUUUCAUGUGCGGAGGGUUCCGGGAUCUAUCUUGUCAGUGCAGACGGGUUUCAUCUCAGUGUGUGGCUCCAUGGGAUGAUGGGCGACAACGAUGGUGCAGGCGGAUGGCUGCUGGUGGACACAUUUUGUGUCCGAUGUUCUGCUGGUCGCGAUUGGGUUUGGAUGGCACAAGAUGGUGAUUUUCUUGGUGUUGCUGCAGUCGGGGACAAUGCCGAGUUUGUAUUCUUGGAUUAUGCGAGAUAUGGUGUUGUCCUCUAUGUUCAUCUGAGAAGCAGGGUAGUUGAGAAGGUGCACGAGCAGGCACUGCUUGAUCAUCAUUUUAUUCGUCCGGGUAUGAACCACAUACCUAUCUAUCCCUUUAUGAUGAUCUGGCCGCCUGUUUUCCCUGCACUGAAGAACAGGCGACAUGAUCAAGAGCAAUGA